AUGCCUCCAAUCACUUGCCAUAUACUAGACACAACAAGAGGAAAGCCAGCUGCUGAUGUUGUUGUUGCAAUAUAUCGUAUCUCAGAGUUACCAAUGGAAAAUUCAGAUGAAAUCACCAUAACAGAGAACUUACCAUUUGGUUUAGCAAAGACUAACAAAGAUGGAAGAGUCAGUGAAUGGAUCUUCAACCCUAAAGACAACUUGGAAUCAUUAGGUAUAAAAGGUCAAGAAUGGAACACAUUGAAACCGGGCAUUUACAAAAUUAGAUUCCAAACUUCAAAGUAUUUCAAACAAUUGAUAAGUGAUGCACGUACGUUCUUCCCGUUUGUUGAUAUAAUGUUCAAUGUGAGUAAUCCACCUGAUGCUCAUUAUCACAUUCCUUUGCUCUUAGCAAACCACAGUUACACAACUUAUAGAGGAAGCUGA